CGGACGUGGUUGAACAGCAAUAAGGCUGAAAGUUUUAAAAUUACUGCAAUAAUUGCUGACAUUGCAGAUAAUCAAAAUGCCUUACUACGCAGUGGCUAGUGGUCGUUCGACUGGAGUUUAUGACAAUUGGGAGGAUUGCAAAGAUCAAGUUCAUGGAUACUCCCAUAACAAAUAUAAAAAGUUUGAUACACCAGAUCAAGCUUGGGACUUUGUUGACAAUCAUUCUUCAAGAGGACAGUCAUUUAAUACUAACAGUAAAGCUCUAGCUUAUCGUGGUAACAAUCAAGUUGCACUAAGAGGUGACCAGGGUGAAGUUAGAGGCUAUCAACGUACCGAUUACACGCAAGGAAGAAACAGUGUCAUCGUACGCGAACGUAUUUACAAGAGUGGCAGGGAUGGAAAUGGAUACUUUGUCGAAAAAGGCACACGUACUUACUGGAAAGAUAAUUAAAGAGAUGCUAUUAUGAGAAUAUCCAGAGAAUCUCACUUUUCCUUCUGAUGAGUUUAUAUUAUUAUAUGCA